AUGUGGAUUAAAGUGUUCAUUAUAACAACAAUCCUACAAUACUACAGUGCCGAAGUAGCAGUUCUUAUUCUCGCAAGAGGUGGCUCAAAAGGCGUGCGUCUAAAAAAUUUACAGAAGGUGGGCGAUAAAAGUUUGCUGAAGCGCACCAUACAUGCUGCUAAAGCCGCUGGAUUCUAUGACAUAACAGUUUCCACAGACAACCCAAUUAUUGCUCUUGAAAGUAUUAGAGACAAUGUCACAGUAUUUCGUCGUAGUUUUGUAACUGCUACUGAUUGGGCGCCAUCGAUCUGGGGUGCUCGCGAAUUUUUGUUAUCCCGACCUAAAGUGGAACUAUUAAUAUUGCUGCAAGUAACUUCACCUUUUACACAGCCGAUACAGCUUAAAAGAGCUUUUGAAAUAAUAUCGCGCCCUGUUCCUUUCGAUUGUGUAUUUUCUGUAACAAGAAGUUAUAAACUUCGUUGGCGAUUUAACAAUGGAAAAUUGACUCCUAUAAACUUUAAUGUUGAUGCGCGAAUGCGUAGACAAGAUUGGGGUGGUGAAUAUUUGGAAUCAGGAGCUUUUUACAUCACAAGGAGAUGGCUUUUAGAAUCGGGAAAAUUCCAAAAUAAUAAUUGUACGGUGAUAGAAGUUAGUGGCUCAGAAAGUUUAGAGAUUGAUACACCGGAUGACCUGUUGCUUGCAAACAUUUUAGUAAAAACUAACUUGGUACCUCGUUUAAGAUAA